UCGCCCUUCUACCAAUCGGUUCCUGUUCAGAGAACUUUGAGAUUCUCGAGUUGACACGCAGAGAAGAUUUUCCUGAUAAACCACAAAGAUGCCUAUCGAUUAUGUCAGUAUUGCGUAUGCAGUGACAGUAGCUGCCGGAGGUGUUCUGGGCUACACUAGAGCAGGUAGCAUUCCGUCCUUGGCAGCAGGCAUCAUCUGUGGAGGGUUGAUGGGGGUGGGGGCCUACCAAACAACCCAGAACCCCAAGAAUGUCAUGCUUUCUCUUGUGGUCAGUGGCCUCCUGUUGACGGUCAUGGGGUCAAGGUUCUAUAAAACACACAAGGUCAUGCCUGCAGGGAUAGUUGCAGGCUUGAGUGUACUCAUGGUGGUGAGAUUUGGCUACAGAUUGACCCAGAAGUAGAGAGAGACGAGACAUGUCCAAGCACUAUGGAAUGUUAUCAAAUAACUUUUCCUCUCAGACUGCUGGAGACUUUGGAGAACAUUUAAAGUAUAUUUGUUAUGCUUAGGCCAUGAAAUGGUAUGGAAGUGUUAAAUUACCCAUAUCAAUACAUACCACUUUGUCUUCAUUCAUUUUACUGCCUUCACUUAAAACUCUAAUACUUUGCAUUCAGAACCAUAAUGUCACAAAUGAGUUAGCAUUUAAGACUUAUGGUUCAUAAAUAUAUAGCUGACAUCAAGCCAUCUCCAUUUCCAUAUAAACCUUUGUUAUUGCUCUGCUGGCUUUUCCCCAAAUGAUUUGAAUGCAACUAUACAAAUUUCCAGACAAGUACACAUCUCAAAUGAAUUCACGUUGCAGAGUUGCAGUUGUACUGCAAAAUUAUAGUAUGAUUUUGGCUUCAGUCCCUCAAAUUUUCAACUUAUUUUGUUAAAAAAGGUGAAUGUGCCUGAAUGGGAAAAAAACCCAAAAAACUUGGAAAACCUUUUGAACAUCAUUCUUUUACAAAUUUACAUAGCAGUGCCAUUGUUCCAUAAUUUUCCAUAUAUGACAAACAAUGUACCUGGUAUGAAUUCUUUUUAGUUUUUCAUUCAGUCAGUCCUUUUAAUGUACACUAAGUACGUGGGUGAUAUUCUGGUGCUGUUUUUUCCCUGUUAGUGUUAUAUUUUUUUGUAAUACAUGUAUAUUUACUUAAAGGAGGCUCCACCCUUUCACAAUUAAAUCAUUUAACCCCGAAGACACAUUUGAACUCUUCCAUAUUAAAGGUUGGAAUAGUUCAUUAUGAAAUUUCUGGUUAAAUUAGUUAACCAGCAGAAUUCGUUGAAGCAUUAACAUAAUUGUUAUGCAGCUAUGUAGAGGUGAUUUUAUGAAAAUCUAAGCAUUCUGGAAGACUGGAUUUUAUUGGAAUUUGAGUUUUUGUCUAUUUUAAUAUUUUCCAUUGUUUGGCACCUGGUGUGAUAAUCCACAAGCUAAAAGUAAACCAGGAUACAUAGUUUCAUACAAUGAGAGUGAAAAAUUGUACAAAAUGAUGGAAAUAAGUUAAAAUUAUGAUAUCAGAAUUGUCAAUUUAUGGUUCUUUUACGGAACCAAAUUACUCUCAAUCAUGUACAGUUGGGACAUCAUUCCACAGCCAUUAGCCCAUUGUAUAUCUACAUGUCAGGUACAUAUGUAACCAGAGGCUAAAGCAUGUUAGCCCAUUGUAUAUCUACAUGUCAGGUACAUAUGUAACCAGAGGCUAAAGCAUAGCUCAUUGUAUAUCUACAUGUCAGGUACAUAUGUAACCAGAGGCUAAAGCAUAGCUCAUUGUAUAUCUACAUGUCAGGUACAUAUGUAACCAGAGGCUAAAGCAUAGCUCAUUGUAUAUCUACAUGUCAGGUACAUAUGUAACCAGAGGCUAAAGCAUGUUAGCCCAUUGUAUAUCUACAUGUCAGGUACAUAUGUAACCAGAGGCUAAAGCAUGUUAUGCCAUUUACACUUGCAUUUUCAUAGGGAUCUUGAUAUUUUACAAAACACUACUUUCAGAGUUAGUGCACUGCAUUUGUUAAGAUGAUUUACUGGACGAAGCAUAACAUGCUCGACAACAAAAAAUCUAAGGACCUCUAGAUUAUGAACUGGUAUAAGAGUGUGAUUUGUUUUUUAAGUAAAAUCUGGGCCUGUAUUCAUGAAACCUUUUUAAGCUAAAGAUCGGAUUUUGUGCUUACGCCCAAUUUAUUAUACCCGAGCUAUAAAUUAAUAAAAAAAAUACUUAUUUGA